AAUGUGCAUGAUUGUGUAUGUUCGGCACCUAUCAUUGAGAAGUUUUUAAUUUUUAUUAUUUUGUAUACGUCAAUUAGUACAUUCAGUUGUCAGUAUAUACUCGUUUUUUUAAGACACUAUUCACUAAAUUUUCUUUACAAAUCUCAAGAUGAACAACGAAAAAUUAAUUGAACUCGUAAGAACGCAUACCGAACUAUAUGACUUGAGUCAUUCAAAAUAUAGUGACAGUACAUGUAAGGAUAAAGUUUGGAAAAGUAUUGCUGAUGAACUAAAUCAAACCACUAUUGCAUGCAAAAAUCGAUGGAACAAUUUAAGAGAUCAAUAUAGGAGAGCAAUAAAACGAAACAAAACCAUAUCGGGACAAGCUGCACCAAAAAAAAUUAAGAAAUAUAAAUAUGAAGAUAACUUGCAGUUUUUACAAGAGUUUUUACAAGAACGAGACACUAUUACAAAUUUAUCAUGUAAUCUUAGUGACAGCUCUGAAGAAGAUGGAAACACAGAAGAAAUACAUGAUGCCCAAAACGAUACUUCUAUGAACAAUGACAAUUUAAAAACAAAUCAAAGUGUUAAUGAUAACAUUUGGAAAAAACAAAAUACAAUAAAAAAGAAACAAAGCUUGCCAACAACCAGAAACAGCUUCUACAAGUCUUAUGAAAUACUUAUUGGAAAAAAAAGAAACAAGUAAAGAAAGUGAUAUUGAUCCUGUAGAUGCGUUUCUCAAAGGUAUUGGUGCUACAUUGAAGACAUUUGAUCCUUAUUCUUUAAAUUUGGCAAAAUCUAGAAUAUUUAAUACCGUUCAAGACAUUGAAAUGUCCAACAUUUUAA